AAGUAUUAUACGUCAGUGAUCAGUGGUAUCAUUCCUUCAAUCUACAGUGCCAUGUCGGAACAAGAAGCUGUCGCUGCUCUGCACUGGAAUAACAACAUAUCUGUGGCGACCAUUACGCUGAUUUGCUAUGAAUACUUUCUUCUCUUGGAUAAGGAGGUUAUGUAUGUCUGGAAACGACCUUGGUCACUGAUGUCAUGCCUUUACCUCAUUGUUCGGUAUUUUGGUCUGUUCCUUGCGCUGCUUUGGGGCUGCUGGGGAGGACUGUUGUAUAUGCCUCAAUCAGUGAGCUACGAUCUUGUUGUUUUAAUGGAAUGGGGUUUCUCAGUGUAUUUUUGCUUUGCGGAAGUCAUUCUCAUAUGGCGUCUUUACGCACUAUACAACCGAUCAAAGCUCCUACUUUAUGUUCUACUGGGGCUCUUCAUACCUAUUGUCGUCGUUUUGGUAUGGGCAAACAUCUUUUUAUACAGUCGACCCAGCGCGUUCUCAGUGAUAGAAAUAAUAACUCCUGAUGCAAAGUACUGCACGCUGUCAUUCAAGAUGGGGCCUAUGCCUGCGAUCUAUACUUCCAUCCCCAUCGUAUGCUAUGAAAUUUUCCUACUCGUUCUCGCGGCUGCCAAACUCGUCAAACACCUUAAAGACCGGAAGAAGCUCAACGCGAGGCCUAAUGCGUAUGUAUUAGCGAUCGUCCACCAUCAUUUCGUGUAUUUUUUCCUGAAUUUGUUAAACCAAAUAUUUUUGGUGGUAUUAUGGGACCACGUUUCGACCCCAGCGAUGAGUCUCUCAGAGCUCUUCAACGAUACCGUGCCAUUUAUUCUGACGCCACGUCUUAUCAUCAGUAUUUGGGAUACGCAUGCCCACGACAAGUGCGUAUACGUCAGUACAAAGUUCGAGGAUUGUAGGUGUUUGACUUCGCCGAGGGAGUUUGAGCGACAUGAGAUGGGAACUCGUGUCGUGUGAUCUUGGUGUGUUGCUUGAUUUCUGACUUGUAAAAGAGUGGUGGAAACAACUUCAGACGAGCAUUACGACCAGUUGAAGCGUAGUAGAAGUUAUUAUAGAGAUCGAAUAAGAUAAUACAGCAGCA